UGUGUGGUAGUUUGCCGUUGUAGUUGUGGGAAAAUUGGAAAAUUUCUCGGCGAAAAUUAUUCUUCAAAUAUCAUCGACGAAUCGAUAAAAUCAGCCAGAACACUCACUGUGCUCCGUCCGUUCGUUUUACCUAGCGACUAACCAAAACUAUCACCAUGGCUGAUGAGAAGAAGAAGAUCAAGAAGAAGAAGACCAAGGAAGAGGGUGGUACCUCCGAAACCGCCUCUGAGGCCGCAUCUGAGGCAGCAACCCCUGCACCAGCUGCCACCCCAGCUCCCGCCUCCACCACUGGCUCCAAGAGAGCUUCCGGUGGCAGCCGUGGUUCCCGCAAAUCCAAGCGCGCUGGCUCCUCCGUCUUCUCUGUUUUCUCCCAAAAACAGAUUGCCGAAUUCAAGGAAGCUUUCCAACUUAUGGAUGCUGACAAGGACGGCAUUAUUGGCAAGAACGAUUUGCGCGCCGCUUUCGAUUCCGUUGGCAAAAUCGCCUCCGACAAGGAAUUGGAUUCCAUGUUGAGCGAAGCCUCCGGUCCCAUCAAUUUCACACAAUUGUUGACCUUGUUCGCCAACCGCAUGGCCUCCUCCGGUGCUAACGAUGAAGAUGAAGUCGUCAUUGCCGCCUUCAAGACCUUCGAUAAUGACGGUCUCAUCGAUGGUGAUAAAUUCCGCGAAAUGCUCAUGAACUUCGGUGACAAGUUCACCAUGAAGGAAGUCGAUGAUGCUUACGAUCAAAUGGUUAUCGAUGACAAGAACCAAAUCGAUACCCAAGCCUUGAUCGAAAUGCUCACCGGCAAGGAAGCUGAAGAAGAAGAAGAAGCCGCCUAAAUUUCAUUUCAUUUAUUUUUUUAAAUGUAUAGAUGUUUUUGUACACAACAUUUUUUUUCUCUUCCAAAAAAAGAAAAUGCCAUUCAACACACUUUUAA